ACUGAGGGACAGAGGCAUUAUUUGGUGGAGGACUACAAUGCGCAUGCUAGGUGGAGAUGUGAGGCAGAUUACCUGGGAUCAGUUUAAGAACUGCUUCUAUACCAAGUUUUUCUCGGCUAACCUUAGAGACGCCAAAAGCCAGGAAUUCUUGGAGUUGAAGCAAGGAUAUAUGACAGUCGAGGAGUACGACCAGGAGUUUGAUAUGCUGUCACGUUUUGCCCCUGAGCUUGUUAGUAAUGAGCAGGCUAGAGCUGAUAGGUUCGUCAAGGGAUUGAGGGAUGAAAUUAGGGGCUUUGUGCGAGCACUAAAGCCCACUACCCAAGCUGAAGCACUGCGUCUGGCAGUGGAUAUGAGCAUUGGGAAGGAUGAAAGACAGCCAAGGAGCUUUAAUAAGGGAUCGUCGUCGGGUCAAAAGAGAAAAGUAGAGCAGAGAACUAUAGGAGUUCCUCAGAGGAACUUGAGACCAAGCGAUCCUUUUCGCAGUUUCCAGCAGAGUUCUGGCGGUGCAGGAGACACUACUCGAGAGAGGCCAGUAUGUAAUACGUGUGGGAAACGCCACCUGGGUCGUUGUUUGAUGGGAACGAGAGUCUGUUAUAAGUGCAAGCAAGAGGGACACAUGGCUGAUAGGUGUCCCUUGAGAUCUACUGGGGCUGGAUCGAGCAGUCAGGGAGAGAGACCUCCACAGCGGGGUACAAUCUUUGCCACUAAUAGAUCAGAGGCAGAGAAGGCCGGCACAGUAGUGACAGGCAAAGGAAAUAAAGGUGGCAAACCGGCGAGGGGAGGUUCUGGGGCUGAAAGAGGUCGUGACCGAAGAUCCGAGAACCUGAGCCUAGGUGAGGAUAUGGAGGGAGGAGAAUUGAGAUAUGGCUUCGGGCCUAUUAUAACCCAUGGUGGGUGUCUUUUUUACACAAAGGAGCGGGUUCAUGUUGUUACUGUGGUAAGCUAA